CUCGUGCUCGGUUUCACUCAUUUGUUCUUGGCAAUGGAUGCAAAUAGCCCAAAAUAACCGCCUGACGCAUUGUGGCUGAAUUAAACAUGAUUUUACUCAACAACCGGGCCGCCGUGAACUGCGGAAAACACCCUGAAUUUGGUAGUUGAUGGACUUGGACAGGAAGUUGCUGCAGGGUUAGUCCACACAAUCAAAGUGAAUGUCAGCUUCAUGGUUCCUCCAGGGGAAAAAAAAUCCAAUUACACUUUGCUACAUUUAAGGAUAUCCGUUCAGGCCUUUCACUCUCUAAAGUCCACCUUUCCCACUUGUGAGUGAACAGCUUGGAUCAUGACUCCGCUUUGCCUCCCGCUGAUGAAUACUUCAACGAAAAAAAGUCCAUUAAAAUCCACAGCUCGACUGAGCUCGACGUUUGCACUGGAGCUCAGUUGUACUCGUUUAUUCAUGAAGCAUAUCUAAUAAAGUAACCUUGAGUUGAAUAAGUAACACCGCUGCGCUCCUUCAGCAACGGAGAUGUUGAAGUUGUUGUCGUCAUCUUGAAACCGCUGUAAAAAGACAUUACAGUAUUAGCGAUUGCUGGAGGUACUUUAUUGGACUCAUCGUAAUGACCCAUUUAUCAUCGAGUCCAUUCAUGAUGCACUCCAACAUCAGCGCCUAACCCUUUGGAGGUAACCAACUGAUUUCCACAUGCAAAAAUGUGGAGUGCUGGGGGCAUUGACAACAGCAGACAACAUUGUAUUUUGGUGUGAUUCCAAAUAAAAGUGCCUCGCCAGGAUUUUUGUCCCCCAACUUUUCUCAACUAAUGCUGUUGUUAUGGGAAAAUACACAUGCUGUAUCUCACAAUUUUCUACUGUAAAAAUAAAGAAAUAUAUAGACAGACUAAAACUCCAGUCAAAAACUCAAAGCAAAAUGUACCUAGUAGGCUUUCAUGAGGAACACCUCUUGAUUACCACACUUCAUGUGUGCGCAGCGAUAACUAUGGUAACUACGACAACUACGCGCUGAUGACAUGAAGGUUUGAAUCCAAACUUGCUCAAAUAUUGUUUUCUUUAUCGCUGGUAUCUUCGGACAAAAGUUGAAUACAUGUAUUUCAUUUAUUUAUACGUGUGCACACGAUCAAAGCCUAAACUUUGGAUAUGGUCAUCUUUGGUGGCUCCAAAGACAUCUUUUUUCAAAACAAAAGACAGUGGAGACCUUUACCGGUAAUAUUCCUACUAGUGCUUUGUCCCUGUCUUCUGCUAUAGGGCUAUAAGACAUUCACCUGAACCGGAAGAAAGUGCUUUGUCCUGUUUUGCCAAAUGCGGAAGUUGGUUGUGCAUAACCCCUAUUGACUGUAAACAUGGGGAAAAUGCAUUGACUCUAUACUGUAAGAAGUCGGUCUAGGGUGGGAGUCCAUUUGAAUUAUUUGAAAAUUAUAUGAUUCUUCACUAUUUAUGAAUUUUUGCUUUGUUGUCGUUCUACCGAGCGCUGAUCGCUAUUUGUGUUGAUAUUUCACUGAAUGUAGACAUCAUCAUGUUGAUAUUAAAAAAAAAAACAAAAAAAACAGCAAAGGGUACCUAGUAGGCUUCCAUGAGGAACACCACUUGAUUACCACAUUUCAAAUUGUGCACUGUAAAAAAUACGGUUAGUUUGGGAGUCCAUUUAAGUUCCCCGGGGUGCAAUUUAGUGUGUUGUCUCCACUCUCCUCCACGAUAAACCAGUGUACCUCUAUAUGUACAGUGGAGUCUUUUUAAAUGGCAGUUAACUGGACUGAAGGAGGAGGAAGUGGACGACAAACAAUCCCCAGCAGGAGCUGUCACACUCCCUUGUAUGGAACGCACGUAAAAGAGCGUGUCUUUGGCUUUGUGUGUGUGCAGCUUUUGUUUCCCUCUCCCCCCCCCCCCCCGCGUGUGCUUCGUGCGCGUAAAAUGCGCAUCUGGGUGGACUCGCCGGCGCUCCUUCCCUUCCUCCACCCGGCGUCGUCCCGCGGCGUGUGCGUGGGAAACUUGGCGGCAUGCUGCGCGUUAACGGCUGCGCGGACGCGUGGAACACGUUGAAGCAGAUGGACGCGGACUCGGCGAGCUGGAUUGGUGGCAUGUUGCUGAAUGGCUGACGAGCCACGCCCCUCCUGCCCUCCCUCGUGAAGCAACACGGUCGCCAUGUACCAGGAGGUGGCUUUCCUGGCUGGCGGCACCGAGCACCAGUUCACAACUUUCCACUUCAAGCACGUGGAGAACCCCCAGGAGGUCUCCUCCAAGAAGGGCGUCUUCUACAAGCGGGCCCAGCACCUCCUCAAGCCCCAGGCCCGCCAGCCGGACUCCGACGACGGGGCGGCCAUCAUCAACGUGGGCGGCAUCAAGUACCGCAUCCCCUGGUCCACCUUGGAGGAGUUCCCCAUGACCAGGCUGGGGAAGCUGCGCGGCUGCAGCAAUGAAGCAGAGAUCAUGGACGUGUGCGACGACUACGACGGCAGCCGCAAUGAGUUCUUCUUCGACCGGAGCCCGUCGGCCUUCCGCUCCAUCGUGACCUUCCUGGCGGCGGGCAAACUGCGGCUGCUCAGGGAGAUGUGCGCCCUGUCCUUCCAGGAGGAGCUACUCUACUGGGGCGUGGAGGAGAACAAGCUGGACUGGUGCUGCCUGAGGAAGCUGCGCCUGCGCCAGGAAGAGUACAAGGAGAUGCAGAGGCUGGAGGAAGAGGAGACCGAGCUGGCCACGUUGCAGUCCUGCGAGGAGAGCCAGCAGCCGGGCGCCGUACCGGACGAGAACCAGGAGGGCGGAUGCAUGCGGAGACUGAGAGACAUGGUGGAGAACCCCCACUCCGGAAUCCCUGGGAAGAUCUUCGCCUGCCUGUCCGUGCUGUUUGUGGCCAUCACCGCCGUGACGCUGUGUGUCAGCACCAUGCCGGACCUCAGGGAGGAGGAGGAGAGGGGGGAGUGCUCCCAGAGAUGUUUCAACAUCUUCGUGCUGGAGACGGUGUGUGUGGCGUGGUUCUCCCUGGAGUUUGUGCUGCGCUUCAUCCAGACCCAGAGGAAGUGCACCUUCCUGCGCACGCCGCUCAACGUCAUCGACGUGGUGGCCAUCUUGCCCUACUACGUCACCCUCAUCGUGGAUUCGCUGUCGGUGGGCGGCAAGCCGGCGGGCUCCGGGAACAACUACUUGGAGAAGGUGGGCCUCGUCCUUCGAGUCCUGCGGGCGCUGCGGAUCUUUUACGUCAUGAGGCUGGCUCGCCAUUCGCUGGGCCUGCAGACCCUGGGACUGACAGUAAAGAGGUGCACGCGGGAGUUCGGUUUACUGCUCCUCUUCCUGUGCGUGGCCAUGGCGCUCUUCUCUCCACUGGUGUUCCUCGCCGAGAGCGAGUUCGGCGCCAAGCAGGAGUUCACCAGCAUUCCCGGGAGCUACUGGUGGGCGGUCAUCUCCAUGACCACGGUGGGCUACGGCGACAUGGUGCCCAGGAGCAUCCCCGGCCAGGUGGUGGCGCUCAGCAGUAUCCUGAGCGGCAUCCUGCUCAUGGCGUUUCCAGUCACGUCCAUCUUUCACACAUUCUCCAGGUCCUACGUGGAACUGAAGGAGGAGCAGAACCGAGCGCUGAGGCAGAAGCCCGACUCGCAGGACAGCAGCAAGUCGCAGAACAGCGAAGACUCGCAAGAGACGGACAGCUACCACGGAGCCACGGAAGCCGCCAUCUCGGCCGUACAGAGAAGGAAGUCCAUGGCUCUGCACAGAGAGCAGAUCCAGACUUAGCGGUUCCUUAGUCUGGUCUUCAAGAAACUGAAACUUCAGUUGGUGUUUCUGACUGGUCCGUGUGGAACUUCAUUUUGACUUUGGAAUCAUGGUGAAUAGAUUCAAAAGUAUCCAGAAAUCAAGUACUGUUGUAUGAGUUUAGGAAAGAAAAACUGCCAUAAAGACUUUUUAAGCCGGGUACACAUAUGCGGCAAUCAGGACCAAUUUGAGCAUUUUCUUUCCCCCUCUUAUGAUCAAAGUCAGCAAAAGUCCAAUCAAUAGCAAAAAAAUGGUUCUCAAACUUUUUACCACCUAAAAAAAUACUUCGCUCUCCAAGUACCAUCAUUGGUCAUAGUAGGCCAAAGUGUUUGUCAAAAACAUUCCUAAAUAGAAUAUUUAAUAAUGUUGUAAGCCACUGCAACACUAUAGUAAAAAAAAAACAAAGAAAAAACCUAAUUAUUGAUUCAAUUGAAAUGUUUUGCACAUACAUGUUUAAUUCAAGUUAUACCUAAAUGUUUAAAAAGAAACUAUUCUCAACGAGAAAAGAUUAUUUUUCCCUUUCUUUCAGGAAAAAGUCAGAUUUUGGGAUUUCUGUCCGAUUUUUUCUUCCCAUUCAUUUGAAAUAAUGACCGUAAAUCAUAAAUAAGAUAAUUGCCAUAAGUCAUUUUUGAACGUUUACAAAAAAUUAGAAGAAACCCAAUUCGUCAAACAAGAGUCCAGUCUCCUACACAAAGAAAAAAAUCAUAAUUUUCUAGCAAGCACAAUGUUUUUUUUUUAAUUGAUAUUAUGACAGUAGCCAAAGUUAGAAAUGACGGGCAAUUAUGCUGUUAAGCUAAUGAAUUGUUGAACCUGUUCAAUAUUUACGACUGCAAAUCCUUGUGGUCAACAGAGUUCGGCUGUGUGGCGGACUUUGUAAUUGUGACGUGAAACGGAACAAUAGCCAAUUACCAGAUAAGCUAACAGUUAGCAUGGCUUCUUCUAUGAAAUUUUAAGAAGUCUGUAUGUCGUGUGGCACAAUGCUGCCUCUCACGGGUGAGUCUUGGUACUACGGCAGACAUCUACUUUUGGGGAGGAGACUUGUGAUUGUCAGUGGAAGUUUCAUUGUGUGGUUUGCUACGUUGGUCGUGUCGAGAACAUCACACUGCAACCACAGAUGCCAGUUUUUUUUUCCUUGUCAUGUGGAGUCUCUCACAUUUAAAGAAUUGGUUUAACGUAAACAUUUGGUAUGUGCACCGCCGCUUAAGUCACGCGUGGCUAUUCAGCCUUCGUCUGAAUACUAAAUAUUUUACACGGUCUUGUUUCUGAAGUAGAAUGAUUGAGAGAGAGAGAGAGAGUCGUGUUUAUAGGAAUUACUGAUGUGGUGUUUCUUUCCCAUUCACUGUCUCAUUCCGUAUGCACGACAUGUGCCGAGCUAAUUAUAGGCCACACUGCAGCAAAAAACAAAAAAUUUAAUACAAUAAAAAGCUUGACAGUCUGUUGGGAAAUUAGAUUGACAAAAUGAAAAUGACAAACAGAUUGACGCCACUCGACUGAAGGAGAACACGAGGGGAAGAUGAGUUCAAUGCAUCCAGACAAUGAAGUAGAAAUGAGUCUCGUCUGCAAUUUUUUCAUUUUCUUAAUUUUUUUUUUAAUAACGUCCAAGAAAGUGGGAGCUGUUACCAAUUAGCUUCAGUAAAUGUAGUUUUUUUUUUUUUUAGGUUAAUGAUUAAAUUGAUGAAAAUCUUUAAAAUGAUUAAAAUCGUCAUCUUAAAUCUGUAGAGUUGAAAAUGUGCUAACCAUCAUAUUUAGUAUUCUAUUGUGUUUGGAAGAUAAUGUUGGUGAAUGUUACAAUCUUCUUGAAAAGUGGAAAAAAAAACAUUGAAAGCCAAAUUCAUUUGUCCAAUAAAAAUAAAUUUAAUUCACAAUAACGAUUACAAGGAAGAAAUGUUCUUAUUGGCUUACUUGAUGAGAAAAUGUUUUUAAGGCAUAAUAGUUAUGUAGCUGUAUAUAGUUAUAUUUGGGUAUAGAAGGGUGAAUUUACUUUCAAAUUCCUCAUCCAUUCAAAACUGUAAAAACAGUAUGUUAUGAAACACCUUUCAGGGAAUUCAAGAAUGAAUGUUGAGUUUGGAUUCAUAUUUUGUGUUAGAUUUUUGGGUACAUUAUGAUUCCUUCAUCGAUGUUAACGGUGUUGUGUGUAUCAGUCGCUGACAACCCUUUAGUCACAUAUUUAGAGCAUGGAUGAAGUGCAAAGGGCAUAAAACACACACACACGCACGCACGCACGCACACACACAAAGUACAAAGGCCUUUUGAUAUUCAUUCCCCCCUCGGGCAGCAGAAACGAAAGAGCUCUCACGCUUUCGGGUGAGUCAGGCAUUGAAAAUAAACGGCAAGUGCGCUUUAUGACUUUGUGUGACUGGAGUGCCUUGUCAGGAGAAAACGUAACAGUGUUAAACUGUGAAAGUGUUAUUGGAAUGUGCACUCUUUUAAAAUCAUACACAGGCAUGAUUAGGCUGGAACACAAAGCAUGCAACUAUUGCACACAAUGUAUCUACUAUUGUUUUUUUUGUUUUUUUUUUAAAUCAAUUAACUUUUUAAAAUGGAUGGUUGGAAUGAAACAACCUGGAAUGUAUUUUGGUUAUGAAACACCAGCCUCCUUUAAAAAUAAUACAAAACAAAAAAACGUAAUAAAGAUUCUAAUAAUGUCCUUUGAGCAGAAAAUUGUUGGUUAACAAUUCAUUACACACAGGAAGUCACUGAAAUUUGCAAGCGUGCAUGUCGUGCCUGUACUUCUACUCCGCUCAGAAUAUUCUUAAAUUGUUUGGUCCUGUGUUUCCUUUCCCUCCACGUUCGCAGUUAAUAAUAAAUGGACUGUUUCCA